AUGUCUUUUGGAAAAUUUCGAUUAUAUGGAAGUGCCGGUUGGGGAUUUUCAAUGCUUUUAAUGGGUAUUGGACUUGAUUUCUCUGAUACUUUUCAUAAUCAUCCAUGCCCUACCAAAAAUACAACAGAACGUAAUUAUACUUUGUGUUUUGUAACGUGUACUUUAUUUGCUUUAACUUCAAUGGCCAUAAUUACACAAUUCCGUUUUCCUCAAUCUUCAGAACAACAUCGACCAGAUGAAGUUAAUGGUCUGGUUAUGGAUACACGUAUUGAAGAACUUGACCCAACAGUUGCACAAAAGACAAGAGCAAAACAAUUAAAUGCAAAAACAGAGGAGGGGACAGAUUGGAAAAAUGCAUUAAAGGCAAUGUUGUUAAAUAUCCAUUUUGUUGCUUUCCUUCUUGGAAUUAUUUGUAUCGGAUUUGGGGCUGGAAAUGCUUUUGCUUUCCUUUUUUGGCAUUUACAAGAUUUGGGGGGUUCUCCUUCACUUUUUGGAAUGGCUUCUGUUGCAAAUCAUGCAGCUGAAAUUUGUUCUUUUUUCUAUGCUUUUAAAGUUAUUAAUAAACAUGGAUAUAUUAAAACUUUGUAUAUUUGUUUAGGGACUAAUGUUGCUAGGUUUUUAAUUCUUUCUUGGAUUUCUAAUCCUUGGCUAGUUCUUCCUCUUCAAAUACUUCAAGGAAUUGUACAUUCUAUUAGUUGGGCUAUGGCUACAUCUUAUGUUUCAAUUGUUUCUCCUCCACAUUUAAAAGGAAAUAGUCAACAUAUUUUAACAAUUCUUUAUCACGGUCUAGGUCGUGGUGUAGGUCCUAUAAUUGGUGGAUUUUUUAUUCGUUCAUAUGGAACACGUGCUUGGUUUGCUCUUCUAGCAUUUAUUACUCUUUGCAUUUUGGGAGCUUUUUAUGCCGUUAAUUUAAAAUUAAAAAAUGCAGCAGUUAAAUAUGGAGGUUUUGAUGCUUUUGAUGAUGAAGUUGGGGGUGGGGGGAAUUUAGCCCCUCAAGGGUUACCAAUGCAUCGAUUAGGUGAUAAUAAAAUAACUGAAGCAUUUAACCAAACACCGGUUGCUAGUCAAAGCUAUGGAGCUUUAGAUGGUUUGGCAACAAAUAAUGGUAAUACAAGAGAUGAACGUGAUGAUGCUUAUGAUAGAUAUGUUACUGGAAAAAAUUAA